UAUACAUUCCUUUUGUCCAAGAUGGCGGAGUUAAAACAGGUUCACUGAUUCUAAAUGUUUUUAAACGCGUUUAUCCUUUUUUAUUUUAUAUCGGAAUACAUGCAAAGUCUUUAACGUCGCGAACAUUAGUUACAAGUUAUUAACGUCCGUUUAUGUGUAACGUCUCCCAAAAGUGAGGAAUUUGCUUACAGAUUGGAUAUUUUUUUCUGCAGACACUGGCUGGCUAGUUAGCAACAAAAAAAGUUUGGGCACCGUUUGAAAAUGAAGCGACAGGCCGGGAGGGACUCCAGUCCUAGUAGGUCUUUAGCGAAACGAAUACGGGAAAGAGAGCGGGACCGGGACGGGGCACGGAGAGAAGACCUGCCGCUCCCACCACUUGCUUUGCUGCUCGCUGAAAGCGGGAGGCAACAUGCUCGGAGUAGGAGCAGGGAACGAGAAAAGACACGGCUUCGGGAGGAGCGUGGAGGCACCGGAGAUCCCCUCCACCACCGACAACAACACCACGACCUCGAUCUCAUCGGCCGACCCUCUCUCCGGACUACAGCCGUCCUGCCUAAAGGCAAAGUGGCAGCCGAACUACUGGGCCUCCGGGGGGGAGCCGGUGGGACGCUGGAAUACAAAUCGUUGCUCAUUAGCAAUCUCGGCUCGGUGCUUUCUGACGAGCACGUUGAAGACGGACUGUUUCACGAGUUUAAAAAGUUUGGGGACGUUAGUGUGAAACUAUCUCACACUCCAGAACUAGGCCGAGUCGCCUACAUCAAUUUCCGGCACCCGGAGGACGCUAAAGAGGCCAGGCAUGCCAAAACCAGGCUAGUACUCUAUGACCGCCCCCUCAAAGUAGAGCCCAUGUACGUCCGGCGGCGCAACUGCACGCCGCCGGAUAUGGGCUAUGUCCCCAUCCAUGGCGCCCCAUAUCCCUCUUAUAGACAGAGGUCCCUCUCCCCCUGCCCUGGAGUUAGUAGUAUCAGAGAUAUCCGACCACCAAGACAUUACCAUGUAGAGGGACUUGGACUGAGCAGAGAGAGGGAGAGGAUCUUAGAUUACUAUGGGAUGUUAGACGAGAGGGGACGGCCUUACGGGCUGCCUGUACCUGAGCAUGAUGACAUAAAACCUGAGGACGACGCGAGGGCGUGCAGGAACCUGUUCAUCGGCAACCUGGAUCACAACGUCACCGAGGGCGAGCUGAGGAGAGGCUUCGAUAAGUACGGCAUCAUUGAGGAAGUUGUGAUUAAACGACCUGCGCGCGGUCAGGGUGGAGCCUACGCUUUCCUCAAGUUCCAGAACUUAGACAUGGCUCACCGGGCUAAGAUAACCAUGCAGGGUCGCGUGAUUGGCGGGAACCCGGUGAAGAUAGGCUACGGUAAGGCCAACCCUACCACCAGACUCUGGGUAGGCGGGCUGGGACCCAGCAAUUCCCUGACAGCCCUGGCCAGAGAGUUUGACCGUUUUGGCAGCAUCCGGAACAUACACUAUGCGAAAGGGGAUAGUUUUGCCUACAUUCAGUAUGAGAGCCUAGAUGCCUCUCAGGCUGCAUGCACUCAGAUGAGAGGGUUCCCUCUAGGAGGCCCAGAGAGGAGGCUGAGGGUGGACUUUGCCAAGGCUGAGGAGCCCCUGCCUCGUAGUUACCCAACAGGAUACCAGCCCCCUGUGUCCCAGCCUGCCCACCUGGACCUGCUGAGGCAUCGCGACCGUAGCCUGGAGAGAGAGCUACGCUCCCGGGACCGCUCGCCACCCUCCCACGCCCUGUUCACCCAGCGGGAGAGAGAGAGAGCUAUGCUGGACAGGGGGGACAGAGACUUCAUCUCUCCAACAAAUAGCCUUGAGCGCAGGGGGAGUGAAGCGUUUGGGGUGUCUCGUGGUGGCCGAGGGGACCGGGCAGCCCGGAGCCGAAGCAGAGAGCGCUGGCUGAAGGAGAGAGACGCUGGGCCGGAGAGACGCAGACACAGGUCCCUUUCCCUUGACGGACCCUCUCAGGAGAAGGAGAGAGGCAUGUCCAAGGUGAGAGGAGGAGCAGGGCCAACUUCUCCAGAAGACAGCCCAGACAGAGCCAGGGUCCGGGCCCCAGACUCUACCACCGAGCCCAGGGGACAGAGCCCCGACAGCAGCCGCCACUCCAACGAGGACCGGGCCGGCCAGGACGGCCACGAGACAGCCUCCAGCCGGGACAGACACAAGAAGACUGGCGGGGACAGAGAGAAGGACCGUGACCGCAACCACCGUGCCAGCGACACAAACCACACCUCAGACACAAUUAAUAAAGAGCCCAGAACACCCAGUACGCUGUCGGAGUGUGCCACCACCCUCACCAAAGCCUGGCACGGUCACUUCACCCUGAAGAACUCCUGUUUCCCCACUAACAUGCACCUGUUAGAGGGAGGCUCCGGGUUCUUCCACUCUGUCAUGAAGGACCACCAGGCCAAGGGUAAACUGACCCAGCUGAAGAUCGCCCAGCGACUGAGGAUGGACAAGACCAGGUUGAACGAGGUCACCAGGAGGAUCAAGCAUGGUGGCUCCGAGGGCUACGCUGUUCUCCUGGCCCUGCAGGGCCCCGUCGACCGCGAGGCCCCUCCACCUGAACCAGGCCUACAGAUCAGACUCCUCCGUCACCUGGUCACCUACCUGAGGAACAAAGAGGCUGCAGGAGUGAUCAGUCUACCUGUAGGUGGGGCUAAGGAGGGGGGAAAGGGGGGCAUGCUGUACGCCUUCCCCCCAUGUGACUUCUCCCAGCAGUUCCUGCAGACCCCUCGCAGGACUUUGGGGAAUCUGGAUGAAGAGCACCUGGUGGUUGUUAUUGUCAAUGACUCUGCCUAACUUAGACAGAAGACACCUCUUUGUGGUGUUGGCUGUCAAUGUUAUUACACCCAUGUUAACACCCACGUUAACAGAAUUUCCAGGGACCUCAUUAUACUUAGGUGCCGAUACGAUAUGUAUUGUGAUUCUCACGAUUCUAUUUGUAUUGUGAUUCUAUUUGUAUUGUGAUUCUCACGAUUCUAUUUGUAUUGUGAUUCUCACGAUUCUAUUUGUAUUGUGAUUCUCACGAUUCUAUUUGUAUUGUGAUUCUCACGAUUCUAUUUGUAUUGUGAUUCUCACGAUUCUAUUUGUAUUGUGAUUCUCACGAUUCUAUUUGUUUUGUGAUUCGAUACUGUGAUUUCAUUGCGAUUCAAUGUUCCUAACACCACAUGUCUGAUGCAGAGGGACAAGAGAGCGAGCCAGGAGAAAAUGAGUUUUGAUCAGUCUAUAAAUUAAAAGUGCUGAAAACAAAUUGAUUCCCAAUUUAAAAAGAAGAUGGAGACACUAUGAAGGAAAAAUACUGGGCUUUUUUGUGCUGGUACAGCCAGCCAACUAGCGCAUUAAAUAAUAUUGGGAUAUUGUCAAAAUAUGUCGUCAAAUAAUAUCCCAUUAUGUAAAUUGUUUUAAACUAAGACACAACUGUUGUUGGAGACUGUCAGUGUCUCUGGUGGUGUUGGAGACUGUCAGUGUCUCUAUGGUGGUGUUGGAGACCUGUCAGUGUCUCUAUGGUGGUGUUGGAGACCUGUCAGUGUCUCUAUGGUGGUGUUGGAGACUGUCAGUGUCUCUGGUGGUGUUAGAACCUGUCAGUGUCUCUAUGGUGGUGUUAGAACCUGUCAGUGUCUCUAUGGUGGUGUUGGAGACCUGUCAGUGUCUCUGGUGGUGUUAGAACCUGUCAGUGUCUCUAUGGUGGUGUUGGAGACUGUCAGUGUCUCUGGUGGUGUUAGAACCUGUCAGUGUCUCUAUGGUGGUGUUGGAGACUGUCAGUGUCUCUAUGGUGGUGUUGGAGACUGUCAGUGUCUCUGGUGGUGUUAGAACCUGUCAGUGUCUCUAUGGUGGUGUUGGAAACUGUCAGUGUCUCUGGUGGUGUUGGAGACCUGUCAGUGUCUCUGGUGGUGUUGGAGACUGUCAGUGUCUCUAUGGUGGUGUUGGAGACCUGUCAGUGUCUCUAUGGUGGUGUUGGAGACUGUCAGUGUCUCUGGUGGUGUUAGAACCUGUCAGUGUCUCUAUGGUGGUGUUGGAGACCUGUCAGUGUCUCUAUGGUGGUGUUGGAGACUGUCAGUGUCUCUAUGGUGGUGUUGGAGACCUGUCAGUGUCUCUAUGGUGGUGUUGGAGACCUGUCAGUGUCUCUAUGGUGGUGUUGGAGACCUGUCAGUGUCUUUAUGGUGGUGUUGGAUUUUGUAUGUAGUCUCGUGCAUUAGUGAAACACUACUAGUGAGUAUGGGAUUGUUGUUCAUACAUACUGUUGUAUAUAUUUUUUUAAUGGAAUUGACCAAGCAGUAUAUCUACAGGCUACUUCCACAGCGGUAGUAUAAUUCAUAGGAUGGUUUGCAUGUUUGACUUAUUUUUCUUCGUUUUUUAUUGAACCAUUCCUGAAGUUCCAUGUUUGUCUUAUUUUUUUUUUUUGAGAACGGUGUGCUCUAAUUGGCUGUUGCAUGCAGAAUGUUGUUUUUCUACAGAUUCUACCCUGCAGCUUUGGUGUUGAACUUCAACUGUCGUUUACUCGCCAUUAAUUUGAAACUGUUGUUGUUUUUAAAUACUGGUUCAGCUCACAGAUAUUAUUUCUUUAAUAGUUCUGUCUUUGAUCCUAGUGUGAUAUUGUGACGUUUGUGACUGGUAUGGUUUAGCCUUUUUUUUAAAGCGUUUUAAUACACUAUCCACCUGACAAUGUACUGAAUCAGCCUAUAGCCUAUUUGCAUAUGAUUUUAACUCUCUAGUGUGAUUUGCUGUAAGGCAGAAUGGAUUGUAUCUACCUCUACCAUUAUGUCAGUAAAAUGUUUGUUUUUUUGUAAAACAUUUUGUUAUCAGAAACAUACAAUGCAAAUGAAACCCACCCCCUUGAUCUUUGUUGGAGUCAGGUUAUUGUUUUUACAAUUUAUUAUGUCUCCCAGGAGUUUAUUUGAGCAGAAAGUGUCGCAAAAUUAAAAAUACAUUUUUUUAAUUUGA